CCCGCGCCCGCGGAUCACGAGGACACCACAUACCCUUUGUUCUGGUCCCAUCAGAACGGACAGGGGGUCCUACAUGCCUACUACUUGAAAUACAAGAGCGUCAUUCUGAAAUUUUCUUUCCUCGAAAGCGCUCUUCCCAGUCGUGUUUAUACUAUUUGGGGGUCGAGGAACGAUUACGUGUUUGAAAUAUAGUCUGUAUUUUGAUUCUUCUCCUUUCGUGCAGCGCUCCCUACCUCAUUUAAAGAUGGUGUUUACUCCUCCGUCCUGGGUGCCUGAAUUGCCAUUUGACCCACCCGAUUCGAUCCCUCUCCAUGAGUUCUGGAGCAGUGACCGAUAUGGCCGGCAACCGCUUACCAAGUCCCGGAACCCGUACACGUGCGGUGUUACGGGGAAGACGUACACGCCGGCUGAGGUGUCCGAGCGCUUCGAACUGCUCGCCCGGGCGCUCUCCAGGCGUCUGGGCUGGCUGCCGAACGACGAGACGCCCUGGGACAAGGUCGUUGGAAUCUAUUCCUUCAACUCGAUCGACUACAUCAUGUCCACCUACGGGGUGCACCGCCUCAACGGCAUCGUUACGCCUGCCAACUCUAUGUACUCGGCGGCCGAGCUCGAGCACCAGCUCAGGUCGUCUGGUGCUAAAGUCCUCUUCACGUGUGCGGAGCUGCUAGACACGGCGCUCAAGGCGACGCGCGCCUGCGGCAUCCCGGACGACCGCGUGUUCCUCCUGCGGCUGCCCGAGGCCUCGGAGAGCGCGCCCUUCAAGACCAUCGACGACCUCAUCACCGAAGGCCGCGCGCUGCCCGAGAUUGAGCCCCUGGCCUGGUCGAAGGGGCAGGGCGGCCGCCAGGUCGCGUAUCUGUGCUACUCCAGCGGUACCUCGGGCCUUCCUAAAGCGGUGAUGAUCUCGCACCGCAACGUGAUCGCGAACAUGAUGCAGGUGAAGUGGCACGAGGACCCGGGGCGGCGGGCCAAGGGCGUCGAGACCCAGGUCCAGCUCGGCCUCCUGCCGCUGAGCCACAUCUACGGGCUCGUCGUCGUCGCGCACGUCGGCACGUACCGUGGCGAUGAGCUCAUCGUGAUGCCGCGCUUCGAGCUCAAGGCGCUGCUCGAGACCAUACAGAAGUUCAAGAUCGCCUACCUACAUAUUGUCCCACCGAUCGUGAUCCAGCUGCUGCGGAACCAGGAGCUGUGCGCGCGGUACGACCUGACUAGCGUGCGGUUCGUGUUCACGGGGGCGGCACCGCUGGGGGCAGAGACGCACGAGGCGCUGGUGGCGGCGUUCCCGUUCCUGGGCGCCGGGCAGGGCUACGGCAUGACGGAGACGUGCACGGCGGUGCUCAUCACGGGCGAGAACGACGUUGUGGUGGGCACGUCGGGCUCGCUGGCGCCGGCCUGCCGCGCCAAGCUCGUCGACGAGGACGGCACUGAGAUCACCGCCUACAACCGCCGCGGCGAGAUCUGGAUCCAGUCUCCCUCCGUCACCCUCGGCUACCUCAACAACGAGCGCGCCACGGCCGAGGCCUUCGUCUGGGACGCCGACGGCCGCUGGAUGCGCACCGGCGACGUCGCCAUCGCCCUUAAGGCCCCCUCCGGCCACGAGCACUUCGCCGUUGUCGACCGGCUGAAGGAGCUGAUUAAGGUCAAGGGCCACCAAGUAGCGCCGGCGGAGCUCGAGGCACACCUUCUGACGCACCCGGCGGUCGGCGACUGUACGGUAAUCCCGGUGCCCGACGAGGGGUCUGGCGAGGUGCCCAAGGCGUUCGUGGUGAAGGCGGCGAGCGCGGCGUCGCGGUCAGACGAGGAGGUGGCGCGCGAUAUAUGCCGACACGUCGAAGAGCACAAGGCACGAUACAAGUGGCUCAAGGGCGGGGUUGAGUUCAUCAAAGAGAUACCCAAAAGCCCCAGCGGUAAGAUUCUCCGCAGGCUCCUCAAGGACAAGGAGAGGGAGAAGAGGAGGGCCAAGGGUGCGAGGUUGUGAGGAAGACGGCUGGUGAUGAGUGGAAGGUCGGAUUCAUUGGGUCAGCGGUUUGCCGGUUUGGCGGGCGUAGGA